GUGACACUGCAGUACUUGGGUCCACAUCGUGACCGAUACGGUCUCCAGCGAAUGUGGGGAUCUCUAGGAUGGGGUAUCGCCAUGGUCUGCGUCGGCAUCUGGAUCGACCACACUAGCACUGACCUUGUCAUCGGCAGCAUGGAAUGCUCCAAGGAAAAUUACAAGAAUUACCAUGUUGCCUUCAUCGUGUUCGGCGUGUUAAUGGGAAUUGCUUUGAUUGUUGCUACUCAGUUUAAGUUUGAUGUUCAGCACCAAGACAGGAGCGAAGGAACCGAGGUUGGCAACCAGCAGCAAAACACCCAACAUAGAGGUUCCCUUGGAACGGAGAACAUCGAGACCCCAACAGUUGUCCAAGUUGAGGAGUUCCACUUCUGGGACUUGAUGCGAAUGCUGUGCGGUGUACAGUACAGCACUGUGUUGUUCGUGGCCUGGUUCAUGGGCUUCGGCUAUGGGUUUGUUUUCACUUUCCUUUACUGGCAUUUACAGGACCUGACAGGAACCACAACUCUGUUUGGUGUUUGUUCUGUCCUGAGUCACGUGUCGGAGCUUGCUGCCUAUUUCACCAGCCAUAAAUUCAUCGAACUAGUGAGACACAUCAGAGUUUUGUACAUUGGCCUGGCUUGCAACACAGCACGCUACCUCUAUAUCUCGUAUCUGAAGAAUGCCUGGACUGUGCUGCCAAUGGAAGUGCUGCAAGGCAUAACACAUGCGUCCGUAUGGGCGGCGUGUAUCUCAUAUUUGAGUGCAGCUGUACCUCCACCUCUUCGGACAUCCGCUCAAGGCAUCCUGCAGGGUCUCCACCUCGGGCUGGGCAGGGGCUGUGGGGCUAUGGUCGGCGGGGUAUUUGUCAACUACUUUGGUGUUGCCGAAACAUUCAGGGGAAUAGGAAUGACGUCGCUUGUUAUUUUGCUGAUCUUUUCAUCAAUUAUGUGCAUCACUGGCCAGAAUGAGAAAAAAGAGGACAAGAUGCUAGCAGAGAACAUUCCUAUCCCAUCCAGUCCUGUUCCCAUAGCGACCAUUGACCUGGUUCAGAACACAACAGACGCGGCCGCACCUGCUCGACCCGAACCCAAACUUCCGGCUCAGAAAACACGGCACCAGGAGGAGCAGGAGGAUCUGAACAAGCCCGCUUGGGUUCCCUCUGGUUCGCCGUGGGUUACAGUCGUUCUACUGUUUUACCAAAUCAGAGACAUGGUCGUCAUUGCAAAGACCCCUGUUGAGGUCCAGCCCCUUAAGGACACAGAUGAGAUUCCCCCAGAAUCUCCAGAAGAAGACCAAUCACCUCCCAUCGUUGGCAAUGACGUGCGACAGGAAAGCACUCUCAGUGGGCUCCUGUCCCAGGAGGACCCCGGGCCCCCAGGGGCCGACUCACAGCUGGAAUUCCCAACACGGGACACACAGCUUGUAUUACAUGCAAACAGCUGAUGGCACAAACUGACUCUAACCCGUGGGUAUUUUCUCUUCACAUAGUGAUUUUGUUUUCGUUGUGAAGAGUUUUUACGAACUUUGUGGGAAAAUACAAGGAAGAAGAAAGUACUUUUCUGUAUAAGUGGCCUUUGUAUGAUUUUUAACUUAUUUCCAGGUGUUUUGCACAUCCACUAAAUAAAGCC